CGCUAAUUCAUUAGAAUUUUUUUUAUUAUAAGGAAGAUAAAAAAGAAAAACGAUAAUUUAGAGCCAUCUUUGUACCUGAGGUACAUCAGAGGAAUUCCUAAUGCUGAAAGGAAAUCCAUUAUCGUAUCGUGACUCUCAUAAAGAAGAUGAAUCGUCAUAUGUAACUCUUAACACUGGACCGUUUGCUUAUGUGGUUCAGACAAACACAGAAGAAUCUUCUAGGAAUCACGUGCUUGAACACAUAUAUUUUGUUAGUCCGGUAUUGUGUGCUUAUUGUGAAGAUUAUAUCUGGGGUACGGGUAAAGUGGGUGUUAAAUGUAAAGGUAAGAACGAUUUUAUUUUAUAAUUGAAAUAUUAUUA